AUGGACGCAGCCAUGCAAGCUGAUCCGGCCCGGUUGGCUAAAAGGGAGGAGACCGUCAGAAGAGGCCUCAACAUGGAUCUUGAAGCAGUCCGGAAGACCGCUAUCCAGCGCGCGGAAGAGGCACUUUCGUCCUCUGCAUCGACUAGCUCCGUCAGCAUUCCCCCAGAGGUCCAUCCAAGCGAUUCAGGCACAGAGUAUGACCUUGAGAAAUGCGUGGAAACCCUGAAAUCACCGGUGACUGUGAACAGGCUCUGUGCAGAGGACUUAGAGCGAGCUUUUCAUCUGUUCUGCACCGCUGUGAAGGUCGGCAUGGACACUGCUGAGAGAACAAUAUGGGGCUUUGCAGGGGACCUCUCGUUUCAGGACCACAUGCACGUGCUUAUGAUGAUGCUGAAGCAAAAUGCUUCAGGCCAGGACUUCUAUACCGUCAUGGUGCGAAGCGGGCUGGCAGGGCUUACUCUUGAGGACUGGCUGGUCAAAAACCUAGUUCCGCAGAAUGUGGCGCUUGUUUAUCUGGACACUGCCAUCGAUCUUGCGACCAAAGAUUCCACAACCUCUGAAAGACUGGAGGGCUUGCGAACCCUAGCUGCCGUGCUCAGUGAGGGGGGCCCAGGCUGUCACAGCAAGUUCCACGAAGCAGGCGCACUGGAGCCGUUGAUUGCCAGGUUCCUGACGACAGAGUUCUCAUUGGAUGACCUGUUGCUCCCUCGAGACCGCAACCUGGCAGCGUGGAUGCUCAAAGUCUUUGGCGCCCUGGUGCUUCCCUCGUCGGUCAUGCGAACGGUCGUUAACGGACAAGCCCUGCCAGAACAACCUGCACCAGGCGCGGCCGAGGCGAUUGAGACUCUGUUCGAGAGGGGUGUCGUCCGCAAGAUUCUAGACAUGCUGGCGCACAUGGUUGCGCGCGCGGACGACGUCCGGCGCGACGUGCGCUUGAUCGACUUCUGCAAGAUGCUGGAGAUCCUGACGACCGUGCUGGGGAAUCUGUCGAACAAGGAAGCGAUGUUCUUCGACGAGCUGAGGCCCCUUCCAGAUUUCGCCAGCAGCUUGACGUGGCUCAUCACUCACUGGAACUACGACCUCCACUCCGGCCUCACGGCAAUCAACAUUGUCAACAGAAUGUUAACCACGGGAAGGUCCGAAGAUCGCGCCGCGGCGUCCGAGAUUGUCCGCCAGGAGGGGGUGCUCAAAGCCGUCGCGGAGUAUGUCAACAACGCCCCCGAGGAGGACUUCGCAAUAGAGUUCGGCGACAGCGGCCCAGUCCAAAAGUACGAUCCCCUGCCGGACCUGUUCAUAUCCUUCCUCUCCGUCGAGGAUCUGCAACCUGGCGCGCUCACCCCGGCGGUCGUCUCCACUCUAGUUCGUAUCGCCGCUGGACCCGGCGCCGCGGCCGCGACGCGCUCCCAAGCCGCGGACCUGCUACGGCGCUUCCUGGGGGAGGGUUUAGUGUCCCCCGACCAAACCGGGGUGCAUAUCCCGUGCGACGAGUGCGGGGCGGAGAAGUUCCCCGGGGAGCUCAAGCGGUGUUCCCGGUGCAAAGAAGCCCGGUACUGCAGCCCCGAGUGUCAGCGGGCUAGCUGGAAGGAGCACAAGAAGAACUGUGUGGAGGCUCUGCCGGCGUCUGCACACUAA